CCAGCCACGGUGUCGAGAGGUAGUGUAACCUUUGUAGUGGUGCUGGUGGACAUUGGCAACACUGCUCGAACGUGAGACAACCAACCAGACGUUACGUAACUUCCUGCCAACAGAAAACUAAAACGAUUAAAGACAGAAACACAGUGAAAUUUCUCUCUUAAGUUCGUAAGUGACUGAAUACGCAUUAACUGAGACAAGGGUGUAAGCCGCCUCCAUUAAGUGGCUACUAUUAGACGCCAUUAAUUACUGACGCCAUUAACCCGUCAGAAAGAUGAGUUCACGUGUUCUGACCUUCGUACUGACUUUGGCUUCCAUCUCGGUACAACAGAUUUCCACCUUCAGGCGGCUGGGAGGUCUUGGCGUUAACCCUGAAUUACGUAAAGUGGACACUCUCCUCAACCCUGCCAACUACGACCGUCGGCAGACACCCACCGCCAAUACAGAUGGCGCCAGUAGAGUCACCAUUGAACUCUACAUACGAAGCUUUGGGUCGAUCAAUCCAAUUCAGAUGGACUACUCCGUGGACUUGUACCUCCGUCAGCGGUGGGUAGAGCAUCGCCUGAACGGCUCCCUCGUGCGGCCCCUCGACUCUAAUGACCCCACGCUGGUCAAGAUGUUGUGGAAGCCAGAGGUGUACUUCCCUAAUGCUAAAGAUGGUGACUUUCAGUACGUCACCGUCCCCAAUGUCCUCGUCAGGAUAUAUCCCGACGGAUCUAUCCUUUACAUCCUCAGAAUGAAGCUCAGGUUCUCUUGUAUGAUGGAUAUGUCCACCUUCCCUCUUGACCACCAGACCUGUUUCAUCCAGGUCGCCAGCUUCGCCAAGACAACACGGGAGCUGGAACUGGUGUGGUACAACCAAGAUCCCAUCAAGAUGUACAAAGAUCUCCAGCUGCCACAGUUCCAGGUGAAGGACAUCACCGUUGACACCUGUACGUUAUCCUUCCAUAUAGGUAACUACAGCUGCCUACAGGCGGUGUUUGAGCUACAGCGUAACGUCGGCUACCACCUGGUGCAGUCGUACCUCCCUACCUCCCUCAUCGUGGUGGUGUCGUGGGUUAGUUUCUGGCUCGAUGUGGAUGCCAUCCCCUCCCGGGUCACUCUGGGGGUCACCACACUCCUCACCGUGUGUUCAGAAUCUUCAGCCUUCAGGGACAAGACUCCUGCAGUGUCCUACGUGAAGGCGCUGGACAUCUGGAUGGGGUCGUGUACCGCCUUCGUGUUCCUGGCACUAGUGGAGUUUACGCUGGUCAACUACCUGGGCAGACACAAGCGAAGGUUCCUCUUUUGGUCCACCUACUCCCACCCACAACAGGCACAGCGACUGACGUCUUUUGGUAGUAGUACAAAGGGCGUGGUGACGGUGGAAGCAGAUGGAUCCAGCGUGGAGGGCGUGACGCGGCCGUGUAUGCCCGUGGCUUGGCGUAGAGAGGCAGACCUGGCCAAGAAAAUAGACCAGACCAGCCGUGCAGUCUUCCCUUUACUCUUUGUGGCCUUCAAUCUGGCCUACUGGGUCUACUACCAGGUCCUGGUCUGAACUGGCCUACUGGUUGGUGUGAUAAAGCCCUGGCUUAACCCGACCUACCAAACCUUCCAUCAGAUCUGGUCAGGGUGGUAUACUAAAGAUUAUACUGUCAAGUCCUGGUCUGAGUUGGUCUCCCGGUCCUUCCAUCAUCAGGUAAUGGUCUAAACCGGUCUAACAUAUGGCUCUUCCAUAAAUUCCUGGUCUGAGUUGGUCUCCCAGUACCUACGUCAGACCCUGGUCGAGGCUGGUGGACUGAUUAUCACUUCCAACUCCGAUCUGAUCUGCCACUACGCAUAACUUGUUAAUCGGUCAAGUUGGUCCGUUAACAAGAUUAUUCCUUUUCCUUAUUACAGAUCAACCACCCCCCUCA